AUCCGAUCGAUGUCCGGCACUCACUCCGUCUCUCACCUUCCGGCUCUCUUCCUCCAUACACAGUAACUACUCAGUACAAACUCCUUUCGCGUUGGGAAACACUCUGCAGAGAUCCCAAUCCCCAUCCCCAUCUCCAUCCCCAGAACAGCAACAGCAACAAGCAGCACCACAAUCAUGCCGACCGUCACCGUCAACAACCACCAAAUCCACUACGCCGACUCGCACCCGGACGGCGCGCCCGCCGAUAGCGAUAGCCACGCCCACACCUUCAUCUUCAUCCACGGCCUGGGCUCCUCGCAGAACUACUACUUCCCGAUCCUCCCCUACCUGACCUCCCAGUCCCACCGCUGCAUCACCCUGGACACCUACGGCGCCGCCCGCUCCACAUACACCGGCGACCCGAUAUCCAUCGGCUCGAUCGCCGCCGACGUCGUCGGGGUGCUGGACGCGCUGCACAUCGCGAACGCCGUGGUGGUGGGCCACUCGAUGGGCGGACUGGUCGUGACGCUGCUGGGCGCGGAGUACCCCGACCGCGUGAAAGCCGUGGUGGCCAUUGGCCCUACCCAUCCCUCGGAGCAGCUGGCCACCGUGAUGACCCAGCGCAGUGACAUUGUAUCAACCGCCGGCAUGGAACCCAUGGCCAACACCAUCCCCAACGGCGCAACAGGACCAAACUGCCCCGCGCUCGUCCGCUCGUUCAUCCGCGAGCUGCUCCUCGGUCAGAACCCCCAGGGAUACGCGGCGCUCUGUCGCGCCAUCGCCACCGCGCCGGCCAUCGAUUACUCGGCCGUGCGGGCGCCCUUCCUGCUCCUUGCCGGUGAGGAGGACAAGUCUGCGUCCAUGCAGGGCUGUCGGCAUAUCUUUGAUCGGGUGUCCAGCGCGAAUAAGAGGCUGGAGGUGUUGGAGGGCGUGGGGCACUGGCAUUGUCUCGAGGCGCCGGAGGAGGUGGGGAGGGCGAUUGCCGGGUUUGCCGGGGGGGUUUGA